AUGAUAGAAACGUGGCAGAUUGUACUGGCUGGUGCUACCCUUUCGGGGUAUCUGCUGGCCCUGCUACACGAUGAUAACCAGGAGUCAAUGUUUCUGCUUGGCUUACUAGGCGCGUUGUGUUUAGAAACAACACUUUGGAAAUCAUUGGCUUUGGGGCCAUGGUAUGAAGCUGUAUCAAGAGCCUUACUGCUCGCCUGUGAGAGAAUGGUACGCUGGUGUAGGAACGAAACGGUCCCGAACGAUGGUCUACUACGAUACCUAGGGUUCUUCAACGCUGAACGAAUCGUUCUGACAUCCCCCGAGGCUCUCCAUGAAGUUCUUGUUACCCAGAACUACUCUUUUCCGAAACCUGCUAGCCUAAGAGAAACAGCAGGACGAUUUUUAGGAAUAGGUCUUAUCCUCUCUGAGGGAGAUGCCCAUAAGCUGCAGAGGCGGAGUAUGAAUCCUGCUUUUGCACCGAGGAACAUUAAAGCUCUCUACCCACUAUUCUGGGAUAAGACGAGAGAGAUGAUCGAGAAGAUUACAGCUGAUCGAGCUGAGACCGUGGAAGUGGUGGAAUGGGCUUCGAGAACAACUCUGGACCUCAUCGGUGUGGCAGGCCUGGGCAAGGACUUCGGUGCCAUAAAGGAAGAGGAUAACAAGCUAGUAAAGACAUACAACGUCGUGUUUCAGCCAUCAGCUCGAGCUCGGAUGCUGCACCUUAUCGAGAGCUUGGUUCCAGCAUGGGUUCUUACAGCUUUACCUAUUAAGCUCAACUUGGAUAUGAGCCAUGCGGCCCGGUCAAUACGGGAGACGUGUAGAGAAAUUAUCUCUUCAAAGCAAAAGAAGCUAAAGGAGAAGAAAUUAGACGAUAUGGAUAUCAUAUCCGCAGCGAUACGGACUGGGACAUUUACUGAGGAUGGACUGAUCGAUCAAGCCAUGACCUUACUUGCGGCUGGUCAUGAUACAACAGGAGCAGCGUUCACAUGGGGCAUCUACCUCCUCGCCAAACACCCAGAAGUCCAAGACCGACUGCGCCACGAAAUCCGCCAACGCCUCCCUCCCCUCACCCAAGCAAACGAAUCCCCAAUCUCCAGCAUCAACAUCGACUCAAUGCCCUAUCUCCAAGCCGUCUGCAGCGAAAUCCUGCGUUUCUACGCCCCCGUUCCCCAAACCCUUCGUGAAGCAGCCCACGACACAACUAUCCUCAACCAGUUUAUCCCAAAAGGCACACGAAUCGUCAUAGCACCCUGGGCUACAAACCGCUGUACUAAGCUCUGGGGAGCAGAUGCACAGUCGCUUAACCCUGAUAGAUGGUUGUAUGAGAGUACACAUGGAGGUGCAGAGAGGUCCGAGGGGGUGUAUUGGACAGGGGUUUGCGAGGGCCGAGUUGGCGUGCUUGUUGGCGGGGUGGGUUGGAAGUUUUGAGUUUGAGUUGAGGGAUGGGGAG